UGGCUAAUAGCUAUUUAUCAAAGUUAAGACAAAGCUGUGCUCCUCUGAUGCCCAAAAUGCUGUCUGGGUAGGCAGCACACUUGCUCGAAGCACAGCCGCAGAUUUGUAUGAAGUCACUCACUGUAAACGCGCGACAGAUAUUCUGAGGCACUGCUCUUGUCAUCGCCGUGACGUCAGUUUGUUUAACUCGCGAGCGCUUGAUAUAAGAGACGGUUCCGACAGCUAUGUCAACGUUUUUCUCCUCUGAGUCGACUUCUGAGGGCACUUGAGAAGCACACGGUACCUUUCCGCAAUGACACUUAAACUUACGUUCAUCAUCUUCGUCGUGUGUCCCUUCGCGUCCUCAGGGGUAAAAUGGGCAUAUAAUGGACCUGACGGAGAACACAACUGGUCCAGCAGCUUCCCAUUUUGCGGAGGAGCGUUCCAGUCGCCCAUCGACUUCCAAACAGAGCUGCUGAGAUACGAUCCAAACUUGCCGCCCAUCCAGGUUCAAAACUACAACCUGUCGACCAAUGAGCAGCUCACUCUCAGCAACAACGGACACUCUGUGCAGUUGUCUUUGCCAUCUCACAUGUACAUCUCCAGCCUCCCUCACCGAUAUUCAGCAGCUCAGCUCCACUUCCACUGGGGCUCUUCCGAUCUGCUGACUGGAUCAGAACACACUGUUAAUGGCAAACGGUUUUCUGGAGAGAUGCAUAUAGUACACUUCAAUUCUGAAAAAUACCCCAACAUCUCAAUGGCAGUAGACAAGUAUGAUGGAUUGGCUGUGCUGGGAGUUUUCAUUGAGAUUGGAGAUUUCAACCCUGCUUUUGACAGAUUCUUCAAAUUCAUGAAUGGGAUAAAGUACAGAGAUCAGAAAAUACAGGUUCCAGCAUUUAACAUCCGUACGCUCCUACCAGCCCGUUUAGACGAGUAUUACCGCUACGAUGGUUCUCUGACCACACCGCCCUGCUAUCCCAGUGUGCUAUGGACUGUGUUCAGGAGACCAGUCACCAUUUCAAGAAAACAGUUUUUGGCACUGGCCACAGCUCUGUAUGCCUCUCAUGCUCAAGAGACUGCUACCGUGCCACUUCACGGAAAUUACCGGAAACCACAACUCGCAGAUAACAGAGUGGUACUGGUUUCCUUCAAGGACGGACUGCAUGGUAUUCUUUCAGCGGCGUCCCCCUUUCAGAGGAAGCAAGUCAUCCAGAAGCUUCUGGUGGGUGACCUUGCGGACUUGGCUGACGAGGGACUCCACCAGCUUCUGCCAAAGUUGAGUUCCCAACCGGUACAGGAUAAAAAGUGGAAGAAGAACAAGAAAGGACACUGGAGCCAAGCAACCCAGAAAGAGCAGUGGUCCAAGAACAAGGUGCCACACAACACUGGCUACUCCUUUUCCGCUAGAAAGAAUGUGGCAACACCGUGGUAUAUGGGAGCAUUUGAUACAGAUAAAGGGAUGUGCUUCAUAUCCCUGGAGGAGAAUGUCGUGCACCAGCUCGAGAGAUACCAUGCAAAGGGUCUGAUGGUUGAGGCUCUGAAAGAGGUUGUAUUCCCAGAGUUGAACCUCAGGAGUUACUUGCACUGCCGGUCCGAUCUAGACCUUCAGACCAUAAGAAAACUCAUACAAGGACGAUCUCGAGACGAAGCCGCCGAGCUCGAACAAUCUCUGGCUGAAGCCAUGCUCAAGAAGAUGAGGAGGCAAAUCAACCAGCAUAGAAACCCAAACAUGAAAACCACCAUAGGGCACCCUCCAGCCACAGUCCCGAAGGACUUCAGCUCGGCUUUGACUUACCGCAGACCUCAACGUGUCGAGUGGGAAGAUUAGACCCAGCGAGGGCCACGAACCUCCCCGAGGGCCUAAAUUUCUGCAGUUCGCUGUCACGCACAAUAUUCACAUAGUCAAGUCAGCUCCUAAGGCUAGCAUGUCAUUUAAAUAAUAUUUAUUUAGUUUGAUGGUACCCCUCUAACGCUGUCUUUGUCUUUGUCUCAAACUAGUUUUGCUUUUGCAGUAGAUGACUUGUUGAGCAAAUAAUGUUUGUGAUAUGUUACGCCGCCGGUUAUGAAAAGUUGUAGUUACUUUCCACUGAACUGGAAAGUAUCCUUGACAGGACCAAAAAAUUUUCAUCCUUCAAAAUCCAGAUUAACUAUGUAAUGAUUAGUCUAGACUAAAAGCUAAGUCUGUUUUAAGCAUUAGUGGGAUUUUUGUGGGAGAAUAAGGCUGAAACAAUCUUAAUUAUGAUAUGCAAUGCACAAAAAGACAGAAGACCAUAAUGGUGAGGGCAUAUUUUUACAUUUUAUUGGGAAAAGUUGAGUUGUAUGUUGCAGUAAUUGUAUUCUGUGGUUGAAAAGAGUCAAGCGCAAAUUAAAAGGGACAAAGAGACAAAAUCAGCACUUGAAGUAUUUUAACAUUCUCACGUUCUCGAAUGCUGUGUGGUACUGUUUUUUCUUUGGGUGUGAUCUAAGACCAGAGAGAAAGCAGACAGCGUAACCUUUUUUUGGACACUGACUCAGAUUUUGGUCUGUAUAAUUCUGUGUAAAAUGUUUAGAUCAUGGACUGUAAAAUAAAAGCAAAACUUUAAUUAAAAAUGUAUCACUUUUUCCACUUGUAAAGGUCAAACAUGUCGGUUUAUAUUCUAAAUGGUGUUCAGACGUGAUGUCUGAAUAUUAUAAAGUACAAUGGUGUAUGUUUAUAUUUGUAUUUAUACUGAGUGUAUCAGAAUCUUUGGACCUUGUAUGAUCCACAUUAGUAAAUCCAGAAAUUAUCCCUAAAUUCUGUCUUUGUUUAUUUACCCGAAUGUCAUUCCAAACCUGUUUGACUUUAUUUCUGAGUACAAAAGAUAUUUUUUUUGUCCCAACAAUGUAAGCCAAUAGAGUCCAGUGUUAUUUUGGACCCCACUGACUUUCAUUGUAUGACUUACAUUCCUCAC